AUGUUCGCCAGAAAUGGAACAGACAGCGAUGCCAGCGCUACAAACCUUGAGAGUGUCGGAGAGCUUGAGAAGGACGCGUAUGAAGGCCUGGCCGCAUCGUACGCGUUUGUGGGAAUCGUAGCCUUGGUGCAACUGGCGCGGAUUCAACUGAGGGUGCCGGAGUACGGCUGGACGACACAGAAGGUGUUUCAUCUCCUCAACUUCGUUCUCUGCGCAGCCAGGUGUGCAGUUUUCCUCUUCUGGGAGCAAGUGCAGGGCAUCGAUGACUAUGUGUUAAAAGUGGCUAUCUUGGACGUUCCAAGUCUCGUCUUCUUCACCACGUACACACUGCUCAUCCUCUUCUGGGCAGAGAUUUACCACCAGGCCCGGGGCAUACAAUCCGAAGAUCUCCGCCGAACGUUUGGCAUUUUGAACGCUGCAAUCUACAUCCUACAGGGUGGUGCAUGGAUCUACAUGGAAUAUGUGCCACAGCAUGCAGACCCACUCGUUCUCCUCACCAAGCUCUUUCGAGCAGGCGUGGCAUUCACUGCAGCAUUUGGCUUCAUGCUCUAUGGUGGACGGCUGUUUGUCAUGCUGAACACGUUCCCGGUGGAGUCGAGAGGGAGAAGAAACAAGAUGAUGGAGGUGGGCCUUGUCACGGCCAUUGGUUUCACGAGCUUCACGAUUCGAGCAUUCAUUGUCGCUUUCUCAGGCAUCAGUGAGCGAGUUCCGCUGGAUAAAGUCAACGCUCCCGUCUUCAAUGUCAUAUACUACAUGGCUGUGGAGGUAAUACCAACCAUCCUUGUGUUGUAUAUCCUGAGGAAGCUUCCUCCUCGUCGACAGUUCAACACACAGCCCUUGCACUAG